AUGAAAAUUCUUUUCGUUUUUGUGACAUUGAUUUUCCUCUUAGAGGCAGCUAAAAAAAAGAAAAAGACUGACGACAGAAGACCAACAACUGUUGAAGCUUUACUUUAUUGCAAUAGUUGCUAAGCAAUCGUUCGAGAAACAUUAAAGAAAGUUAAAACAUCAACCAGGGAAUCCGAUAUUACUGAUGCUCUAUCUGAGAUGUGCCAAAUGAAAAAUUUCAGUGUUUAUGAAUAUCCUCCCCCCGAUAUGAAAAAGGGAUGUGAAGCAUUUAUGUCUGGAUGGUCAGAGGAAGUCACUGAAGCAUUAAUGAACAGAAAAGGAAAUGAUACAAUUGAAGAUGAAAUUUGCUACAAAUUAACUAAUGUAAUCUAUUUAUUACUACCUUUAAUUAGUCAUGUAAAGACAUUGAAAAAGGAUAGAGAAAACAAAAUGAUGAUUAUGUCACUAUUAAUGGAAAGAAAGUAAAAAUGGGAGAUGAUGGCAAAGUUGAUAUCAAUAUGAACAAACCAGCUCCAGAUGAUGAUGAUUUAUGA